ACAACAAACAAAACGUUGAAGCGCAAAAAUUAAAGUGGCUGUUGGUAUCAAUUUACUCUUUGUUGAUAUCCUAACUUGCUUUGGAGCAAUGUAUUAUUAAAUACCAUUAAUAUGUGCAGUUAUAUUAUGAAUCUGCAACUGUGAUCUUUUUGCAGUAAAUAUUAGAUUUGUUACCAACCUACCUCAAAUUAGUGGUCUACGCUAACAACAAUGUAUUGCUUAAGUUGGAAUUCUUAUAAAAAUAAUAUUUGUAAUGGAUUUGCUCAGUUACAACAGGAAGAAGAAUUUGUUGACAUGACUCUUGUGGCUGAAGGGCAUUUGGUCAAAGUUCACAAAAAUUUACUGUCAUUGGCAAGUCCUUACAUAAAACAUAUAAUAAAGACAGUGGCAUGUACACAUCCAAUAAUUUUCUUAGCUAAUAUAACACAUAAAGUAUUACAACAGAUUCUGGAAUAUGUAUACACUGGUGAAGUCCAUGUAGAGAUUGAAACACUUAAUGAUUUCAUCAAAGCAGCCAAAGAAUUUCAAUUGCAUGGCAUUUCAUAUGAUAUAUUGCAGGGAACAGAUAGGGCCACAACUUCUGCAGAGGAAUCUUGUUCAACAAUCAUAGGAGAAAGUACUAAGUUAAAGAAGAGGCAACUUAAACGUGAAGCAAGUGGUGAGGUGAUAGAAUCUUUCAGUAAUGUGAAUGCUAUGAGUAUUACAUUAGCAAAUGGUAAUGACAAUAAUCAAGAUCAAAUAGAUUUGAAUAAUGGAAACAGGAAUACUGCCCCUGAAAAAUAUGUCAAUAACAUUGAAAUCUUGGAUAACAGGACAGAAAACUUUGGAAUCAGUGAAGCUAUUAACAGAAACGUAAAUGAUCUUCAGUCAGACUUUGAAAUGACAACGUCAGUGAGUGCAACAAAUAAUCAAAAUAUGCCACUACCAACAAUUUCGAUGAACAGUCAAAGCUCAGAUACUCCAGAAAUAUUAACAAGUGUGAGCAACAUUCAGUUAUUAGAUAGCAUCCUACCAGAGUAUGUACCAUCAGAUGUGGUUAUCCAAAUAAAUAACCCAAACAAUGCUAUAGACACAGAUGUGGCUCCACAGGAACUUGAUAGCGAUCUUGAUAACAUGCAACCUUUAAAACAAGCAGAGAUAGAUGAUCUCAAUAACUUUGAUGACCUCUUGAAAAUGUCUGCCCAACAAAACUCAAGCUUACCCAACAGUAUGGCAGAAGAGGAACAGGAUGUAGAGAUAUGUUAUUCCAAUGAUAGUGUACCAAUUAAGUUUUCUUUAAAUAUUGGUAACAGCUUGCUUCAACAAUACACUGUGUCUUAUAGAGGAGCUGUGCAAAUGAUACUCAACCGCUACCUCUAUAGUAUGCAGUAUAGCACCAACGGUGGUGUCAGACGACGUUGGCGUUGCAUAGACUACAGACUGAAGCGUUGUCGGGCCUAUGUCGAUACAGUCAAUGACAAAAUAACUAACAGAAAGAACUGCCACACCCAUCCUUACCAUGAUGACAGAAUUAGGAAGAAGCUUCGAGCUAAUUUAAUUUUCCAGACAUUAAGUACUGCAAUACUUGAAACAAAAAAACACAACAACUUACAAUAUGAAGUAAAAGAUAUUGAUAGUGACUAGUGAAAUACAAAAUCAUGCAAAAAUCA